GAUUUAGUACGAGGAUACACCGCUGCCCGGCUGCUGGACGCUUUACACCAACUUAGUCAAGUUACUCCGUCGACUGUAUCGGGAACCUACUCCGCCAGUUUUUACGCAUUCCGGUCCACAGAUAUUCGCGUCCACAGAGUGUGUCUUGUGUGUGAUUCUGGCCAGUUGUCUGCAUGCAGGGAAUGACGACUCAUUUUAAGACGAGCAAAGCUUUAAAGGUCAAGAGGGAGGUGGGUGAGAAUGCCCCGGCGCUCAGCGACGAUGAGUUAGUGGCCAUGUCUGUGCGGGAGCUCAACCAGCACCUGCGUGGGCUGACCAAGGAGGACGUUGUGCGGUUGAAGCAGCGGCGACGGACCCUGAAAAACCGGGGCUACGCCGCCAGCUGCCGCAUCAAACGCGUCACCCAGAAGGAGGAGCUGGAGAGACAAAAGUUAGAGCUGCAGCACGAGGUGGACAAGCUGGCUCGUGAGAAUGCCAGCAUGAGGUUGGAGCUGGAUGCCCUGCGAGCCAAGUAUGAGGCCCUGCAGUGUUUUGCCCGGACUGUGACCCGAGGGCCCCUCUCGCCGGGCAAGGUGGCCACCACCAGCGUCAUCACCAUCGUCAAGUCCGCCAACCACAACAACUCCAACCCGACCCCUUUCUCAGCUCCCUCCUAGUGUUGACAGGACUGGGCUCUCCUUUUCCUGCCUAGUCCUUCCCGGUUCUGACCCAGCCUGAACUCACUCAUCCUGUACUGAGAGGACGCUCCGUAAUAACUGAGGGAUUGAAUGGGGUGGCAAGCUCUAUGUGAUGUUAUGUUGCAUUCAAAACUAUGUCUCCCUCCUUCUGUCUCUCUUACACAAUCUACAUUGUCUGUGCACUGUGCAAACCCCUCUCCCCGAUCCCCAGCACCGGCAGGGUAUUGGGCAUCUGUGACCCUUCCUCCAUGACUGAUAGAGAUUUGCUUUUACUCCAGUGUGAAAAAGUAAAUGAUAUGCCUUACUGUGGCAACACUGGCCUAGAACAGCUCUUACACUUAAUGCUAUUAAGCAUAAAACAUGAUUUAAGUAGUACAUAUGUAACAGUAAAGCUAUUUGUAAGGUCUAUGCCAAAUCACUUUUUCUUCACAUAGAAGUGUCUCAAUUGAGCCUAAAUUGAGCCUUUGAAGCUGUUGCCUUAAAAGGAUAUAUGAGUGAUCUUUAUAAAUUAUUAUCUAAUACUUGCAUGUAGUUUAACACAAAGAGGAUUUAUUGUUCCAACUUUGAGGUCAGGUGGACACCUCUUCAUAGCCACAGUUACCAGUGGUCUCCAACCAGUUGCCUUUAAGACCCAGCCAAACACAACAGCAGAUGUUUUCACUGAUUAGUUCCUCUUCUCUUUUGGAAGGUGCUAAGCAGUAAAGUCAUCUGUUGUAGAGUUUGGCUGGAGUGAAAACCUGCCUACACUUGGCUCUCUAUGGCCCGUUCGGAGAGCACUGCAUUAUGCAGUUUGAUAACUGACCAAUGUUUAGCUACUUGUGAUACGUGACUGUAUAUAUUUCUGUCUUGGUUAUGCAAAGUUUUACUCGGUGGUCAGUCAUGCCAAAUAUCUUUAGUAUUUAGGAAGUAAUGCUAGAGAACAGCAGUCAGUAUACUCCUGUAAAGGCUUCCGUACAUGUGCUGAUGGUGGUCUAAUUUAGCAGUUUUGAAGUAACAUUUUUCAUUUGUCUUUGUUUCUCUGAGAAAUUUCUCAGUGGGGCUGAAAAAUGUUGUGUACAGUUAGCCAUGUUGUUGAAGACAUCGGAUGGUGUUGGGCAGGUGCUGCAAGUGAUUCUGUUAGUAUCUUUGUGGUUCUUUGACUAGACUAUAUUUGACAUUGCCCAGAGUCAAUCAUUAUAUAGCACUUAAACUGUUAAGAUACAGUAUAAAAGAAAGUUCACAGGGGAACUGAUUCCUGGAAUUGGAGAAGAUGACAGAUAGAAGCUGUUCUUGCAUUUCAAGUUACUGGAGCUUAAUUGCAUGAUGAUUAAAUGUGGUGUGACCCCCUACUGCAAGGUCAAUGCAACUAAGAAUGGUAUGCUCUCUGAUAUGUAUGCUGCAGCACUGAUUGGGUAAUGCCUCCUUCCUUUAAAUGCCACUCUUAGGUAGGUAAUCCAUAUUGGAUAUAGUGAUAAUGAGAGAGGUCCUUACAAGUGAAAUGCAAUUCAACUUACUUCCUGUAUAUUACAGAUUAGCAAAAUGAUAAAAGCUCCCACUGCCUCCGUUGUCACUUUACAUUGAGAACUCCGUCCAAAUAGAAAUCAUUCCUACUGCUGGGUCACAAGAAGUGCUGCUGCUGCUGGUGGUGUUGGUAACUCUGAAACAGUAGCUAUUUACCUUGCUUUUGACACACUCUUCUGCAAGAGAACUCCUGACACCCAUCUCUAGAAACAGUGGUGUCAUGACAACUAAAUGCAGUAAACACCUUCCUCCUGUUGUACGUUUUGAGAUAUUUAAAUAUGAAAUUCACUUGAAAUCAAGCCGUUCUUACCGAGGAUCCAUUCCUAAUUUGGAGUGAAGUCAAAAGAGAUUGUUCAUGUCAGGAUUUUCUCUUGGCUAAGAGGACAUGACUGUUCUUCCCCUGUUCCAUAGCUGCAAAAGAACAGUAUGGGGAACUUUGCUGCUGUACAACCUGCUGUGAUUUUUAAGCAGGGGCAUUGCUGUGUUCUUACUCUCAUUUUGUAUUUUCACUUGGUUUCUAUGUUGAUACAUCCUAUGUUCUCUUUCUGAUACGUAGUUUUAUAUGCAUAUACAGUAUAUGAAUAUAUAUAUAUAUAUAUAUAUAUAUAAAACAUAUUUUUCUAUAUUUAUGUCUUUUACUAUCCUGGGAGUGGUGUGAUUAUGUAAUCAUUCUUUGAAGUCUAAUUAUGUUGAUACUGACCUUUUUCUGAAAAAGUUGUAUUCACAUUUACAAUGAGAAAACUGUUCUCAGAACUUAAGUCUUCUUUGUGAGUAUGUAUACCCCAUGAAUAGUUCUUCUCAGCACAUUUACUAUUGGUCUAAUUCACAAAUUGGACAGACCGUGACUAGGGUUACAUACAGCUGCAGCUAUUAUCUGUCACAGUCAAGAAUUAACUGUUUAAAAACAGGGAAAUGACAUUCUGACUACAGGUUCAUACUGUUAGGAAAGAGCACAUGUGCAUCUGUCAUAUUUUACUUAACUUGUAAAUCUGUUAUUAUAUUGGAGUGUCACAACAAACACUACAAAUUAAAAUGUAAUUCAGUGAGAGGUUAGAAGUCAAAUUAUCUAUGCAAAAGGAAUUCAAAGGUAACAAAUUCUACAUCAUUUCUGGAUUGUUUAGCUGGAAAUAUAUGCCAAACAUUUACUUUAGCACGGAAAUCAAUGAUCUCUAAUAUUGAAAACAAUUUUACAUAAUUCAGUUUAAGAGCACAUUGGUCUGAUGUGAUCAGAUUUAAAAUAGCCUAAUAUUAAAUGAUGAUGGUAAUGCUAAGAAACCUUACCAGAAAAUUAUUCCAAAGCUGCUAAAGACUCUCCACUUCUUAUGUUUAAGGUCUGUUUUAAGCCUGAAUCAAGAUUGAGUCAGAUACAUAGAAUAGAUACAUAUUAAAUGUAUACAUAAGUCAUUUUUCAGCACAUUACCUUACAAGACAAUACUGCUUGAAGCGUUUUCUGAAACAUUACAGUGACCUCUUGUGGUAAAGUUUCAAAACAAAAUGCUGUAAAAGGAGGCAUUGUUUAAUUUUAGCACAUAACUGUAUUUGGAUCUGAGGCUGAGGCUUUUUGGCAGCACACCUUAAAAAUAAUACUCAAAAAUGGUAAUUUCCGUACCAUGCCUUAAUAAAAGACAAACCUCUCUCCAGGUGAAUUAAGUUCUAUGUUGUUAAUCCAACAGCCAGUGUGACCAAGCAGAGGUCCAUUCAUGCUCUCAAACACAUAUUGCUCUUAGGCUAGUUUACCACAAGCAAAUAUAUGCCAGACAUAAUACUUUACAUUUUCUACAAGCCACUUUUUUUGCUAAAAUAAAAGCAGACUUGCAAAAGGUUCCUAAAAUCAUUUUAGGGAGCGUUACACAGAAAUGUAGACACAAUUAUGGUUGAAAAGAGGCAUAAACAUUACCUGCCAUGGAUGUUUACUAAACUUGGUCUCAACAGCCUUCUUUCUUCCCACAGUUGAAGUGACUGAAGCUUGUUUUACCAAGGAGCUGGAAUGGAACUGUUUAAGAUAAUAGUGGUUAUAUUAAAUUUUUAUAUGAACCAUGAAAAAUGCAAAUGUAUGUAUAGAAACGAUGUUGCUCAUAUAUCUUGACUAGGUAUUCAAGGUUAUUAAUUUAAAAUUUCUUCCUGAAAACGUGUUUGACUAAAAUAAGUUUUCACACACAAGCUUUGCCAGUCCUACAAGCUACAAUAUUUAAUUUUAGCCAUGUAAAAAGUCAGUUUUAGUAUUAAUAGAAAAAAUUGAACAUGUGUAUGGAUGAUAUGGUUGUGGGUGAAAUAUAUUAAGUAUUAGUUCUACAGCAGCAGUUUCUAUGUUAAGUUUGUACUUAAGAAAUAAAUUGAUUUCCUUAUUCUAGUCUCGUGGUAACAUGUUGAGGCUUAAUGAGUGACUGUCAAUAAUGACUGUAAACAAGGACAGUAAUAAGGCAGCAUAAACUGAGUAUGUACCCUUCACAACUUAUUCUGCUCAUAUUUUAUAUUUAUUUCAUUGAAUUGUGUAAUUUUAUUAAAAAAACACCUAAAUUAUUUUAUUUUACAUUCACUUAUUUACAUGUUUUCUCAAUGAACUACCCUCAUGUACAAAUAAAAUCUGUAUUUGUUUCUGCUCUCA